GUUUGUUUAAAGACAAAGGCAACUAGGAAACCGAGUCAGAGUCCAAAUCACCAUUGAAUCAUGACCCUUCAUUUGAUAAUUAUUCGCAUUACACUAUUUAUCCUUUAAUUUUGAACGCGUACACACUACUAAAACAGAAUCAUCCCAUCCUCUCUAUCUAUCUCUACUCUGCUUUUAAUUCUUCUUCUUGUUUAUCAUCCUUUCAAACCCUAAUCUUCACAAAACCAAAAGAAAACGCGUUUCGGUUUUUAGGUUUUCUCAUUCUGAGUGUUCUUCCACGGUUCCUUCACCAGCCAUCCUCGCAGAAGCAGAUGGCGUCGUCUCUGGGCAUUGCUUACGGCGGAAGCAACCGUGUCUCCGUCAAAUACGGAAUCCCGAAGCGGUGCAGUCUCACCCUUGCACCACCGUCCUCCGUCGGGUUCGGCGAUCGUGUCGGUUAUUCGGUGAGGAAGGGGAGGAUCUCUGCCGUCGCAGCCGCCGCGGCGACGGCGAAGGUAAUGGAGAAGCGGAUGAGCUUGGAAUCGUACGGGAAGCGCGAGGGAGGAUCGAACGACGCCGUUGAAGCGCAGGAGAGGCUCGACAAUUGGAUGAGGGCUUCGGUGUCUGAGAUUGUCAAGAAUUUGAAGGACGCGCCGCUUCUGGUGCAGGUUUAUCCCAAGAGCGAAACGGCGACGCUUGCGACGGAGAAGAAGGUUGUGGUGGAGGAUUGGCCUGCGGUGAAGGAGAGGUGGGAGUCAGGGGAGACGCCGUUGCCGGAGGGGGUUAUAUUCGUGGAGGAAUUGGGCGGAGAUGAGACGGAGAACGACGGCGAACAGCGAGGGAGGGAGGAGAGAACGACGAGGGCGUGGGGGAUCGUGGUUCAGGGUAAGGGUGUCGGGUGCGACCCGGUUUGUUAUUUGUUGAAGACGAGCAGGGUCGGGUCGGGUCAGGGUCAUGGAAUGGGUAUUUGUUCGACCCAUUUUUGCUUGGUGAAAGUGAAAAACUUCAGGGAAACUGUGCAGUCGCAGCUGAAGAAUUGUUGGCUCUUACAGAGUCAGUGGCGGUGAUUGUACAUUUUUUAAAUAAAUUUUUUUCACAGUUAUUGCAAUUAUAGCAAAGCUGUGGAUUUGUACAGAACGAUUACUUUUAGCUAAGUGGAUAAUCAAACUGUGAAAUAGAUCUCAUUAAGCAUUAUUUUGAAAGCGACCCGUUCCUAUUGGAUUUUCUUUAAUUGAAUUAUUUGUUGCUUUUAUUUAAUCAUUUGGCUUAUCAAAAUUAAGAAUUCCAAUUCAUGAUCGAAUACAUGUUGAAUAUUAUGUAGAUGAGUGAUCAUAUUGUGAAAUAGAAAGGCUACC